UUCCACGCGUUGCCACGGUGCCAUGGGUUGCAAACAAUCUCGUGAUAGUCCCAAAACACCCUAUGAAGCCAAUGAGCUAUCGCAGGAGGCUGGCGCAGUCGGGACAGGAUUGUUGGAGGUACCGGUGGAUGACUAUCUGACUUACAUCUACGGCUUGCGCAACGGCGACUUCGCUGUGGCCGGUGGUGAAGGUUGGCUGUACAUCUAUAGCAGCGAAGGGAAGCAGACGGUCAAGCUUCGGGCUCACCGGAAGGCUGUGAACCGGGUGUUGGAAGCAGCAGACGGGUCGCUUUUUUCUGCGUCUUCUGAUGGCACAGUGCUGAGAUGGAAAGGUCUCAAAGAAGGCCAAGAGAUCCAAGAGCCAGAGAUCUGGGGAUCCUCACCUGCCUUUCGAACGCCGAACGCGGAACGCCUGCGGUGGAUCUGGUCAUUUCGAAAUCGCCUUGUGCAGAAAUUCGAAGGGCACAUUCUGGCCGUCAGUGCGAUGGACUUACUAGAGGCAGGUCUCUUCACCGGUUCAAGGGACUGCUGUGUCAUGCUCUGGGACUUGGAAACGGCGCAGUCGCCCUGGCACAACUUGGGACCUGAAAUUCAUGGCUGCAGCGUGGAGCUGCUGGCGAUGGUGGAGCAAGGCAAGCUGCGGGACGGUUGCGAAGAGGUACGGUGCAACUUCUGCCCUUUGAAAGGCAGCGAGUUGUCCGCACUGGGCCGGCGCCUGGCGGACGCGCCGUUUCGAACGCGGAGCUUGGAUUUAUGCUAUUGCCAGCUGGGUGCUUUAGGUCUCUACGCCUUUUCCUCGCAGUUCUGUACCUCACGGACGCCCAGCGAUGACGGUUUUGGCGUUGGAGUUGGCGGGCUGGCGCAACUUUCGUUGGGCGCCAACGGUUUGGGAUCCAAAGGAGCACAACUGGCCGCGGAGCUGGUGCUGAAGAUGAAGCUGCAACGCUUGGAUUUGGAGAGCAAUGAACUACAAGAUGAGGGCUGCAGAAUCUUAUCGCAGAAGGCCCUACAGAGCAACAAGUGCACCUUGCAACAUUUGGAUUUGCGGAUGAACGGCAUCCGGCCCGACGGCGCCGCGGCACUGGCGAAAGCCCUGAUGAAUAACAGGACGCUGACACACUUGGACCUUGGCUACAACCGGAUUGGUACUACCGGGGCGGAAGCGUUGUGCACAGUCCUGAAGACCAGCAAUGUGCAGGUGCUGCGGCUUGAGGACAACGACGUCAAGGACCAAGGCGCUAUGGCGCUGGUGGCGUUGCAGCUUCAAGUUCUAGAGCUGGGAUUCAACCAGGCACUGAUUGAAUUCCGUGCCGUCUUGCUGGCGGCCCAGCUCUGCGGUCGUGGCACACGAGGGCCCAAACGCUUGGGGUUGGGCGGCAACGACCUGCGGGAUGCCGGCGCUGCAGCCUUUGCUGCCGCGUUGCAAAAGAAUUGUUGCCUGGAGGACGCGGUGAAGACGAUGAAUUGGCUUUUCCGAACAGCUGCAUUGGCAGCGCAGGCAUUGGAGCGGUUUUCCGGUUCCAAAUCCCAGUUGCCAGGUGGUGCUGCUUUGGCUUCUGCUUUGCAGAGCAACUGGCGCCUGAGAGAGUUGGAUCUGCGCGACAAUGAGAUCUCCUCCGAGGCAGCCCGCAUCAUUGACGAGACGACCUCCUGUGCACGUCUCGCCAGCGCAAAAAGACCGUCCUCGCCUGAGAGGAUCGAUGAACUUCUGGUUGAGUUGUCAACUGGAACGCGCAGGCGUUUUUGUAGCGCCUGGAGCGUAAGAGCCUAUCUUUCCUGGCUUACCAAGGACCUCGCGCAAGGCGAUGAGAAUCGGCGUCAUCUGGUGGCAGCUGCGUUGGCAUCUGCCAUUGUUGAUGUUGAUGGCUUGUGGUACGAACUGCCGCGGCUCCGCGAGCUCUCCUCCCUCUACGGCCGCAAGCUUCGGGGCGGCUCGCGCGCGCGUGCGCAAGGUCUUUACGUGCUGAACCUCACGCCGUUCCGCGUCACCGUGACGGCUUCGCCUGGGUCGAAGCACAGCGCUAGAGCUUUGGAGGAGAACACCGGCGGCGCCUUGGGCGACGUCGAAGAAGUGGCCUUCGAGUCGCUGCAGUUCUCGCAGAAGACGGCUCGCGGCCUACAGAGCAUGGAGAGUUUGAAGGUUGACAACCGCGUAGGCACCGGUGUGGGUGAGCGGUGA